CUUCUAGAUCUUUCUCAGGCUUCUUUUUCUGUCUGUAUGAAAACAAUUUGACGAUUUUUAAACAGUUUAUUGAAUUAUUGAAUAAUUCCGUGAUAUCAAAUAGAGUUUGCUUUAUUUAAUAUCGUCAGAGCACAAUGUCAUCUUCUAUAGCGACGAAACGUAAAUACGUUUUCCAAGAGUUUGACGAUAUGAGCCUUCCCACGGAUUCGCAAACCAUCGUACGAAUCGUUCAGGCCCGCGGCCAUAAUCUUCACGAAAUUGUCACUCCCUCCGGAGAGCAAUUCAUCGUCUCGAUGCCUACCAAAUUCAGACAGAAUAUUUGGGUAAAGAGAGGAGACUAUAUUAUUAUCGAGCCAAUCAAGGAAGGGAAAAAGGUUAAGGGCGAAAUUGUCAAGAUACUCACAAAGGAUCACAUAAAAUGGUAUCGUGCACAGAAUUGUUGGCCACCGGAAUUCGAUGAAGAUCCGAAAAGAAACGGACAGUCGAUAACAACGAAUUAUACUACGUGUGACGAUGAGGAGCUCUUUGUAAAUACGAAUAGAUACUGCGCUUAUCAGGAAAUAGACGAUAGUGAAAGUGAUUCCAGUGAGUCUGAUUCUGAUUAAUAUUAUAAUUUAAAACCGACAGACUUUAUCUUUGUAUUUAUAUUACAAAAAAUGUACAUACAUAGACAAUUUUGUGCCUGUUAAAAACAAAUCUUUCUUCUUUUCUACUCGAACGUUAUGUAUAUAGUUAUAUAAUAAAUUUUUGCAUAUAAGAUUGACUUCAACAGGAUAAUUUUCUCUUAAUAUACUCUAGCAAAAAUAAAUUUGCAAGACGAACCAGUUACAAUUUUAAAUUAUCGGCGUUUUGUAAACAUAACACGCUACAGAACGUAAAGGAGAUAGCUAAUCAUAAAAUAACUGAAGUACUUUUGAGAAUCUGAGGAUCAUCAUUUACGAGAAAAGAAUAUUAUGUGGAUCAAAAGUUAAUUGUGUGAAAUUAAGAGGAUAAAGUAAAUCAAUGAUCUUGAUAGAAAGGAGACAUGGACCACGAAUUCCUCAGUGGAUAACAUGUUAUGUAGCUACGUAGUUCAAGAUUUUAUGUGGAUAUAGAGGGGUCUCAAAUACGGGUUUUAAAUCUGGGAGAUGACCGCUCUCAGGCUUUCUCUCUGAGAUAUGCAGUAUUUUGCAUCAUAACGUUAUAACAACGUAAUAUAAUGCGGCACGGUUAUGAAGGAAUGUUGUGAGCGCAUAGCUCCGGCUAGUGAGCUAACGGAUUAAUGAAGUACAGUUAAACCGGACGGAAUUAAAGAUCGACCGGACGCGAGAUUUCGGUCUCGCGCCGAAUCGUUACGUGCUUCAAAGAGGCGAAUGCACAAAGAGCUGCGACACAUUGUUUUGUUUGAGAAACUGGCCGGCCGGUCGGCACGCAAAAAACUCGAGUCGGAAAUAAUUGUGGUCUGCGUAUGACCCUGCACUUCCGCUUAAUAACAAACGUCUCCUUUCUACCGAGAUUAUCGCUUUAUCUUGACUCUCUAAUUUUGCGCAAUUAACCUUUGAUCCGCAUAAUAUUUUUUCUCACGAAAGAUGAGCUUCGGAUUUUCGGUACUUCGGUUAUUUUAUGAUUAAUUCAGCGAUUUUUAACUUGUAUGUCGCGGCAUUAAUGUGCAUGCGAAGCGACUUUCGUAAUUAAUUUAUAUAAUAAUAAUAUAUUAGUAAUAUAAAAUUAUAGAUAUAUAAAUAAUUAUG